AUGGCUAUGCACUAUCUCAAAGAACUGGAGAAUAGUUGUAAUCAUGACGAAACAUAUCAUCAUAAGCACGAAUAUUUUGAAUCUAUGGAGAAAGCAGUAUCCAAUGGUAAUAUGGCAGCGGUCAGAUUCAUCGUCAAAUACAAUAUCUCUGAGGAUAAUCACAAUGCAACGAAUGACGCAGCACAUUUUGGAAAUCUAUCAAUCAUGAAAUUUCUUCUCUCUACUGGAACUCAAUGUUCAAGUGAAACAUUCGACAAUGCAGCCAGAAACAAUCAAUUCCAAAUCCUGAAAUUCCUCUAUGAAAAUCGAACUGAAGGACCUGUUUCAUCAGAUCUUUUGGAUAAUUAUGGAUUCAAGAUAAAUCAAGAAAUCAUUGACUAUAUCAAAGGAAACGAAAGAAUUCCGUAUUUCAAAAAUACGAAAAAAAGUAACAUAAAAAGAAAAACAAAUCGUUCAUCAGGGAUUGACAUGAAUCUUUCACAUCGAAAGAAAAAAUAUUUAUAUUCCUAA